UUUUUUAAAUUGUGUAUAAAAUAAUUAAGAAGAGGUAAUUAAUAAAUAAGCAUGAGUGGCUCUAAAACCAACCAACCACCCCCACAACAGUUUAACUUACUGCCAAAAAUUAUAAAUGGGGGCAUCGCUGGAAUUAUCGGUGUGUCUGUCGUGUUUCCUUUGGACUUGGUGAAGACACGUUUGCAGAAUCAGACCGUAGGACCCAAUGGCGAACGACAGUAUAAAAAUAUGUUGGACUGUUUCAAACAGACAUACAGAGCUGAGGGCUACUUCGGAAUGUACCGAGGGUCCGCGGUCAACAUCAUCCUAAUUACUCCGGAGAAGGCAAUCAAGCUGGCGGCUAAUGAUCUCUUUCGCUAUCAUCUCACUCUCCCGGAUGGAUCACUACCAAUAGUGCGACAGAUGUGUGCGGGCGCGUUGGCCGGUGCUUGUCAAAUCGUCAUAACAACUCCUAUGGAGUUGCUCAAGAUUCAGAUGCAGGACGCGGGUAGAGUCGCGGCCCAGGCUAAAGCAGAGGGCCGUAAGUUCGAACGUAUAACAGCGAUGCAGUUGACUCGUAGACUGUUGAGUGAGCGCGGUAUAUUCGGUCUAUACAAGGGAGUAACGGCCACUGCGGCUAGGGACGUGUCGUUUAGUGUUGUCUAUUUCCCUCUGUUCGCGACGCUCAACGACCUCGGACCGAGAGAAAAUCCCGCCGAUCCGCCGCCGUUCUGGUGGUCCUUUAUGUCCGGUUGCGCGGCGGGCUCUACCGCGGCCCUAGCCGUGAAUCCCUUAGACGUCGUCAAGACUCGCAUGCAGACCAUCACAAAAGGGUCCAACGAACGGCAGUAUUCCUCCAUCUUGGAUUGUGUCACGAAAACAUUGACACAAGAAGGACCAACGGCUUUCUUCAAAGGCGGCGCUUGUCGAAUGAUUGUAAUCGCACCGCUAUUCGGUAUCGCUCAAAGUAUUUAUUAUAUAGGCUUAGCAGAAAAUUACUUAGGCAUCAAAUAAAUAACAACCAAUAUGACAUUAAACUAUUUGCCGCCGUUUAA